ACUAACUUAUCAACUGUGUGCGGUUCACACUCUGCUUGUUCUGGGCAGACUAUUAAACUGGUUAAAAGCUGCUUGUUCCACAAUACUGAGCACAGUGAAGCUAGUUUACAGUGAUCUUGCUAUCUUGUUUCUCAUUCAAGAGAGUCUUAAUAGUUGGUCUUGUAUCUCAUUGGUCAGUGAAGAUUGGAGAUGGAUGCAAAUGUUAAGAACUGGUUAGACUUAACUGUACUUGGAUUCUUCAGUUUGUCAUAGCAUGAAAACAACUUAUUGUUGAAUAAGCAGGUAAUUUUGGUGUUAAAUUCUGAAACAAUAUGAAUAACUCGUCUUUGACUAAGGCUCUCGAAUAUCCCUUUUGUAGAAUCUAGCUCUGAUUAUAAUAUUCGUCAUUACUGAUGGGAUGUGUGAAAUUCUCAAUCCCAGGAAUGCUGUUCCCCAAAGUGUGCCGACUCUGCUCCCCAUAGGAGCUGGUCAGCACGGCUGUUUGAAUCUAAUAGAAGGUUAAAGUAGUGUAAGGGUUCUCCUUUUCCUUGCCCUGCAGGUAUCUGCUCUCUGUCUUGCAGUAAUGGCUACUACUUCAGACCUCUUCAGCUCACUGUAGUGUAAAUGCUCUUUAAAUUUGAGAUCAAGUGCCCCCUGAUUAAAAAUGUGUAGAUACCUUGCUCUGUUCAGAUUUUCUCUGCCCACUGCCAUUCUUUCUGAGCCUCCUUAUUUAUUGGGGUACCAAACACAGGAAUGAGUGUACUCCUUCACCCACUAAUCCCUGUGAAUUUUCUGUAAUUUUUUUUAUCUACCAUCUUUUUUCAUGUGGUUCACAAAAAACUUUGUUUUGUAUGCUGCUGUGAACCUUUUAAACCUAUUAUGUAGGACUUUGCAGAAGCAAAAGAGGGGAAAACACGUUGGCUAGGUUUAGUCCCUUCCAAUAGAGGUGUUUUGUGGUGGAUUGGUGCCACUUUUUUCCAGUUGGCAGUGUUUCCUCCCAUGUGGCAGCUAAGAGGACUGUUGAGUUCUAUAGGAAAAGCAAACCUAUUUUGAAAACUGAGCGUAAGGCAAGACUUCUAGAUGAAUAGGAUGACUGAGCACAGAAGGAGUAUGAAGAAGGUCAGAUUUGGCUGUGCACAGCCAUUUUUGGAGCCUGUUCUUUCCCUCUUUUGUAAUUGAAGGCAGAAACUACCCGGGUAAACAUUUGGCAUCUUACAAGCACUCUCUCGGUGGAUAUUUGAGAAUGUUAAAAUCUAGAACAGAAUAGCAGAUGCUACAUGGACAUCCCCUCUGAAUUAAAUACUUGGCUCUAGAGAUUCUUGAUAAUAACUCAGUAACCCAUAUCUUCCAGAUAAUCGUUAUGUACCUUCAGGUAUUAGAAUGUGAACGUAACCAACACCUGGUCCAGACUUCAUGGUAAGUUGAUCUAUCUUGUUAUACGAGACCAGCAGGGCAGUGGCAGAAAUAUGUCAUUUGAGGCACUCUGGGCAACAUUGGUGUAGCCCACAACUAUGUUCAUGGAAUAGACAGUUCCAGUGUUUCCUGGAGUGCCCCAACCUACUACCCAAAUGUUGAUCGGCCUCUAAGUUUCAGGCACUGUCUUAAAUGGUAAGAUAGCUUUUAAACCCCUCAACCCUUGCUCUUUCUUCCCUUUUCUUCUACCCUUUGCCCUCCCUCUAAAGUGAAAAUGUUAAGUGGUUGUUUCUUUGGGUAAAUCAUAUGUGCAGUUCUUGUCCGUCGCUGAUGCUGGGAGACACUUUCCCAACACUUGAGCUGCGGUUGCAACAAGGGCAUCAGGAACCCUCGACAUAAAUCCUUUUUAUCCACAUGGAUAAUCCAAGAUGUCAGCUACUAAGACUGGAUAACUCAGUGUUUUUGCAUUUGUCAUGAAACGUCUUCUGCCUGUCUUGUUGCUUCACUGUAGUGAAGAGAAUCAUUUGGGGAUGGGUAUCGAAGUAAAAAUUCCAGAUUGUAACAAACUUGUAACUUAUGAAACAAUGACAUAAUUUAAAAAUUGGAAUAAUGAAUCUAAAGGUCAUAUUUCUGCUGACUGAACUCUCUGGUACUGUGAUCUGUUUGAUGGAGAACCUAUUUUGACUUUUCUUUUCUGUACUCUUUUAAUCAAAGGGUAGCCUCUGAGGGUAAGUGACUAAGACUUCUCCUCUGCUGCCCAAGCGCUAUGGUGCAGGGAUAACUGCGUCUUCAGUCAAACCAAAGCAGGCUCUACAAAGAGAAGGCUGACUCUAGACAGGAAUUACAUGAAUGACAGUCUACGAACAGAUGUCUUUGUAAGAUUCCAGCCAGAAAGUAUUGCUUGUGCCUGUAUCUACCUUGCAGCUAGAACAUUGGAGAUCCCACUUCCUAAUCGUCCUCACUGGUUUCUGCUGUUUGGAGCAACAGAGGAGGAAAUUCAAGGGAUUUGUAUAAAAAUCCUGCAGCUAUAUACUCGGAAAAAGGUUGACUUGUCUUAUCUGGAAAGCAAAGUAGAAAAGAAAAAACUAGCCAUUGAAGAGGCAAAAGCACUAGCUAAAGGCCUGCUACCCGACAAGACUCCCAAUUUGGAGAACACGUCAGGGUUUUCCCCUGUUCCUAAAAAUGAAUCUCCAAAAGAAGGUAAAGGAAAUAAACCUUCCCCACUUGCUGUGCAGGCGAUGAAGAAUGCCAAAAGAAAAAUGGAUGGAACAAAAAGAAUGAAUUCCAACAGCCCAGUGAAUGGCAUUCAGAAAGAAAGGGAGAGCAGAAGUGGAAGCAGAAGUCGAGAGCAGAGUUAUUCAAGAUCACCAUCUAGAUCAGCAUCUCCUAAGCGCAGAAAAAGUGAAAGCUACUCAACAUCGAGUGGUUCCAAAUCCCACAGCCGCUCCAGGAGUCGCAGUGAUUCUCCCCCAAGACAGUUCAACCAUAGUGCUAGUUACAAAGGCUCUAAAAUGAGGAGUUACAAAAAGUCAAAGGACUACAAAUAUUCGACACACAAGCCAAGGAAGUCCCGCAGCAGGAGCUCCUCACGUUCCCGGAGCCACUCACGAGAGCGUUCUGAUCAUUCUGGGAAGUACAAGAAGAAAAGUCACUACUAUAGAGAGAGACAUGAGCGUUCCCACUCCUAUGAGCGUACGGGUCAUCGUUAUGACCGAGACCACCCUGGCCACAGCAGGCAUAGGAGAUGAGCGCUACAACGGGUUCUCUUCUGUCCUUUGGGAUUCAGAGUGGAGCCCGGUUUCCCCCAUUUUUCCCUUGCAGCAUAGGGUUAGCCUGGGUCUAAACCACUUAGCAUCAGUAAUCUUUUCUAACCCUGUGCUUGUUAGCAUGAAUCCAAAUACAAGAACACUGAACAGACAUGAUGAUGUGGGAGACUUGAUCUGGUAGAUGGUUUAAUUGUUCUGCUGCUGGAGCGUCUCUUAGAAACACCGAAGAGCCUCUCUUGUGGUGGCUGCUCCUAUGCCUGCUCUUUGGUAAUAGGUAAAUUUGCAUACUGUAGUGCAAUGGUGUUAGUCUAUUUCGGGACUCGGAGUACUGAGAGCACCAAUUUCCUGGCUCAGCGAUUAGCGAACCCUGCUGAACUAGCCCUUCCUGAUGGAACGAGAAGAAAGCUCAAAACGUUUCAUGAAAACCAUUAGUGGCUUGGUGCUAACAAAGCUGUCGUUUCAUACUGACUCAAUUAUGUUGUACAAAUGUAAGGUGAUAUUUCUAGAACUGAUGCCUAUAUUAGGUUACACUUGUGUAUAUAUUUUGCAGUGUUUAACAAUACAAUAUGGGAAUAUGGCCUUAUUAGCCCUUCUACUUUCUCCACCGUGUAAAUAAGCAUUUGUUUAAUACAAGUGAAAGCUAUAUACUGAAAAGUCAAAACUUGAAUUCUAUCAAUUUAAGAUUUGUGUAGAGAAUUCUGAUAAAUGUGAAAGUAUUUAGCUCUGUGUAUUGAAAGUAGUAUAUUUUUAUCCGUGCAAUGCUGCGUGCAGGCCACCAGCUCAUAGAGAAGUUUCAUAUAUAUACAUUUUAUGUGUUUUGAAUAACUCUAUACUCAGGAUCUUUGACACGCUGAAGAAUUGGUAGUUUGUCAAUCUGCUUGCUUGUUUAAAAACAGAAGGUGUAAAAAAAAAAAAAAAAAAAAAAAAAAAAGCCCAAGUCCGCAGCUCAGUGGUAUCCGUUUUAGUGGUAUAUCUGAGCUGUUCCCAUGCUCCCUAAUUUCAUUAAAGUAUUUGAUUUUG